AUGCUGUCUCUCCUACGCUCACAGCUGGUCUUCCAAGUCCCUCCCCCCACGGCUUCGUUCACGGGACAGACCAUCAUCGUGACAGGCGCCAACACAGGCCUAGGCCUGGAGGCAGCCCGCCAGUUUGUGCGUCAUGACGCGCGACGGGUGAUUCUCGCCGUGAGGGACAUGGCCAAGGGGACGGCUGCAAAGUCCGACAUCGACAGCCACGACAACGACGGCAAGUGUAGUGUCGAGGUCUGGCAAGUCGAUCUCACCAGCUAUGAAUCCGUCGAAGCCUUUUCGCAGCGAGCGGCAGGGCUCGACAGAGUGGAUGUCCUGGUAGCCAACGCUGGGGUGUAUCUGUUUGACUUCUCGCUGGCGGAGGAUAACGAGGCCACCAUCACAGUCAAUGUGCUGAGUACUCUAUUGCUGGGGAUCCGACUGCUGCCCAAACUGCGCGAGACAUCCGUGGCAUUACACAAACCGUGCGUGAUGACUUUUGCCGGCUCGUUUGUCCAUAAAAUGACGACCUUCCCGGAGCGCAAAAAGGAGAAGAUCUUCGCGGAGUUGGCCAGGCCAAAUGCCAGAAUGAUAGACCGGUAUAACGUAUCGAAGCUCAUCCAGCUUCUACUCGUUCGCGAACUCGCCAACAAAGUCACCCUGUCCUCCCAAGACGGGCACGUCAUCGUCUCGACCGUCAACCCGGGCCUUGUCAAGACGAGCAUCAUGCGCCAUGCGCGGUCCAUCUUCGCCAUAUCCGACAAGAUCUUCAAGGCCCUACUGGCCCGCACUCCCGAGGACGGUGGUAACACUCUUGUUCACGCUGCGUCGGGUGGAGACGAGACGCAUGGACAGUAUCUUGAUGAUUGCAGUGUGGGAAGGGUCUCCUCAUUUGUGUCGAGUGAAGAGGGCCAUCUCACGCAGCAGCAACUUUGGAGGGAAAUGUGCGAGAUAUUGAGGAUUCCAGAGGGUAGCUUGUAA